AUGUUGAAGAGUUAUGAUUAAGAUAUUUAUGGCAUUUCAGACAAAGAUAAUUCCGUUAUAGUACUAUGUCCAUCUAUAGAUAAAUUUGUUGAAUCUCAUUCUACCCACUUAAAUUUGAUUGACUACAAAGAUCAAAACAAAAUUAAUACUGGCUUAUGUAAGGUUGACAACAUUGUUCAAAAUUAGGUAUAAAUUAUCGAUUUUGAAUUGCCUCAAUGUGUGAGAGAUAUUUAAGAAAAGUAUUAAUUAAAAUGUACUCUUGAUGCAGGUAGAGCUGUUUCAUUCACGCAGCUUUAAUAAAAUAAACUAAAUUUCAAUCCUAAAUCUAGUGAUGAGGGUGUAUAUGAAAUCAAUUUGAGAUAUACCAACACUUCUGGUAAAGUUGUAGCAUUUUUUACCUUUUCUUUUAAGUUUUUGAUUUCUAAAGAUUUUGAGGCCAAUGAAAAGUCCAAUAUGUGUAUUGACAGUGGGAAAUGCACAGUUAAGAUUAAAAGUAUAUUUAUCUAUUAAAACACUUAAAACUUAGGUAUUGAUAUGCAUGGAAAGUUGAAAAUUUAAUUUAGCUAGAAAAUCUUAAAUUAAGAUUCAUCAAACUUCACUGAAAUUUAAAAUUCUCUGAAGAUAAGCUUAAUAUAAGACUAUAAAACAAAAGCUUAAAUAGCAAAUUAUGAAAUAUAAUCAUUUGACAAGGACUGUCUAAACAUAUAACUAAAAUUUGACUAUUCUGAAUAGAUUUCAACUUUUGAUAAUGAUUUUAUAAAUGAAAAGUUCUAGCAUGUUGUGAAAAAAAAUUAGAUUAUUGAGGCUAUUAUACCAGUUUAAACAUCAAAUUCUAGUAAAUUCUGUUAUUUCAUGAACAUUAUAGCUUUGAUGGCCAAUUUUUAGAAAUCUUUCUAAUUAUUUGGGAGUGCUAUGUCUGCUGGUGUUUAUAUAAAUAUGCUAUUACAAGUUUUCCUUGGAUUUGCUAUGAAAAGGAUAUGGACUCUUGUUAAUACUCUAUAAAUUAUAACUCACCUACCCUUGCUAUCUUUGAUGAUUCCUUCAAAUCUAAUGAUAUGUCUUCAAUCUGUUAUUGAUAUCUCAAAUCUAAAUUUAUUUCCACCAGAAUUGGCAAAUUUAAUCCUAGGCUAAGUAUCAGAUAGCGUAAGCAAUACUAAAAGCAGUUUUUCUGAAAUGGAUAUCUUUAAAUACAUAUUCUAACCAACUUACCUUUUAUUAUUAACUCUCAAACGAUAUCAAUAUGAUAAGCUUGUUAGAACAUUAAUUAUCAGCUCAAUUUUAGCAGGAAUGAUCAUGUUCAUGAUUGGACUAACAAUAGUUUUACUUAAAUAUCUAAAGAAUAGGUAAAAUAAAUAUAUUCAUUUUUAAGACUGA